AUGUCAAUUGUGUCUUUCGCAGUUUCAGAAGACAAUCCAGUCACAAAGAAAACUGUAGAAGCGCAGCUCAAUAAGCUCGGGGUGUCGCUUCUGCCAGGGGAGGAAGAUGAGUUCCAUAAGUUUCUAGCCGCCGCUCAUGAAACUGCGAGAAGCGUGGAAGCCAUGUGCGACUACAAGCCUCAAACAGAUCUAGUGCGGUUUCCCAGAAAAAAUGUCCAGUCGAUUUUGGGAAAAGACGCGCUCGGCGCUUGGGUUUACAAGUUUGAUCUGCAAGACACAAACGAGAACCAUGGUCCACUAGCAGGGGUGUCAAUCUGCAUAAAAGACUGCAUUGGUAUUGCUAGUAUUCCCCAAGUCAUGGGAACAGAUUGCUGGGAUCCAUGGGUUCCUUCUGCCGACGCGACAGUAGUGACGCGUUUGCUAGAAGCGGGUGCUAAAAUUGUCGGGACUUCAAAUUGCGAGCAACUUUGUGCUUUUACGGGAAGUCACACCUCAUGCCUUGGAAAUGUGCACAAUCCGUAUCUGCAUGGUCACUCUGCAGGAGGAAGCAGUUCUGGCUCCGCUGCGCUUGUCGCUGCAAACGAGGCCGAUAUGGCUUUGGGUGCGGAUCAAGGAGGGAGUAUCCGUAUUCCAGCUGCAAUGUGCGGCUUGGUGGGACUUAAGCCAACUUUCGGAUUGGUGCCGUACACUGGAAUAACCAGCAAUGAGUAUACACUCGACCAUGUUGGUCCUAUGACGAAAACAGUUGAGCAAAAUGUUACAUUAUUGCAGGUAUUAGCUGGUAGUGAUCUUCUGGACGAUCGUCAGUCUGCGGUUCCUCUUAAUGUGAACUUUGAAUUUAAAGAGCCUCGAAAGCUUACCAUAGGCAUUUUGAAAGAAGCGUUCGAGGCUCCCUUCUUGGAUGAAGCGAUGAAACAAAAAGUAUUCUCUGCCAUUGAUAAAUUUAGAGAGGUUGGAUAUAAUGUGGUGGAGGUUUCAAUUCCAAUGCAUGCCCAAGCGCCAGAGCUGUGGUCAGUUAUCGAGAGAGUUUCGGGACUCCACAGCCGUUUGGGGCACGCUAGUGGAAGACGUUUGUAUUCUGAUCCGGAGUUCUUUAAGCACACAAAUGGUCUGGGUGACAAGUUUUUUUCAAAAGCGCCGGUGAAUGUUCGAAACAGUAUCAUCAAUGGCUUGUACUUUGAAGAAAACUUUCCCGGCAUUUUUGCCAAAGCAACCAAUUUGGUAUUGAAGCUGCAAUCUGAGUACAAUAAGGCCUUAUCUGAAGUUGAUCUUUUGGUUCUGCCAACGACACCAUUUUGCGCGCCACAGCACGGCCCUCGGGAAGGCUUGCCGACCGAAAGGGUCAAGAGCACUUUUGGGGUCAAUAUCAACACAUGUCCUUUUAAUCUCUCCGGACACCCUGCUCUCAGCUUACCAAUAGGCUUUUUACCUUGCAAGACGUCACCGUCUCAAAAGCUUCCAGUUGGUAUGCAAGUUGUCGGCAAACAUUUUGACGAAUCAACAAUUUAUACUGCAGCUUUCGCAUGGGAGCAGCACUUUGACUGGCGAUUAAACUAG